GGACUGCUGGCCUGAAGGCCCUGGAGCUUAUUGUAAUGGUCUGUACACUUUAUGAAGUGGGACUCUUUAGGAGAAUCAUAGUGGAACAUUUUACUUGUUGAUGAAGCCCCCCCACCCAGCCAUUGCACCUUUACGGUUGCUACAUAUAUGCUAAGUGCUGACCUCUGACAAUGAUCUUGUAAAGAGAUGAUCAAGUUUUCAGCAACGGAAAGCAUCGACCGUAUGAAAAACAUUUUCAAGUCUCACCUGCAUCAAAGCACAACCAGUAUGGAAACUGUAAUGAAUUGGAUGCAUGGGAAAAAAGCUGGAGAUAGAAAACAUUCUGCUUGGAGAAAAGUGUGUAACACAUGGUUCAAAACAUGGUUCAAUAUAUUUGAAGUCAGGAUUGUAACCCGUGAAUCUUCUUUUGAAAGAAAAGAAUGGAACCCUUGGAGGGAUUGGUGUCAGUCUUGGGAAGAAUUUCAGUCUUCUGAAGAAAAGCCACCAAAAUCUGAAAAGCAGAAAGCAGCUAUAUUUUCAGAAAUGUUUCACAUAGCAAAACUGACCAGAGAUAAAUUAGAAGACGCGAAAGCCAUGAGAACAUAUCUGGAGCAGGUAAAAGACGAGAACAAAAAUUUGAGAACCCAGAAUUUGAUCUUGAAAGAUAAAUGUGAGGUGCUUCAAUGUAAAUUAGAUGCAGAAAAACAGAUAAGAGAGGAGAAUGACCGCUUUAAUAACUACAUUGUGGAGAAGGAAGUCAAGCUCAGAAAAGAACUUGAGGUUGAGAAGCAGAACUUGAAAUUUCAAGUCCAAGGGAAGGAAGAAGAAUUUCGGCAAAUGCAAGCCAAGCUUACUGAACAUGAAAAAGAACUUGAUCGUCUUCAAGGUCAGUUGGUGGAACGUAAAGAAAAAGAUUUUUGCCAGUUCACCUAUAACCAGUUUGUUAUUGGUGGCUGUAAAUGCAACCAACCUACUCGUUAUGCCCAGAUCGAAAAUGGAGAGGGAGAGAAACGGUUAGAUCUAGAUUAUAUUAGGGACGUUUCUAAUAGGCUUGGGAAAGUCACCAUCUUCAAUGUUUUUGAUUGGCUGUGUAGUUUUGAGGAAGAAUACAAGAUUUGGCUUUGGAGUGGAAAAGAUGUUGAACAGAUUCUACUCAGGUGCAUGAAUACAAGCACCUUUUCUUCAUUACCUUUGAUGGUGAGAACAUGUCAAACUACUUUGCUCGAUAUCUGCAAACACCUAGCUGAAAGGUUCAUUCCUGACCUGGAUGGAAUACUGGACACAGAAAAAAUGAGGGAGGGUGACGAUGUGUUGCAAUAUUUUCAUCGUAUGUGGAUGAUAUACCGCAUUACAGAAAACCCAGAUUUCGCAAAUAAGGAUGAUUUAAAAUACAUCAAUGCCAUCUGUCAAGGCCUUCUCCCACACUUAUAUGAAGAGUUUCGAACAUUUUGUUUUGAAGAUUAUGAGGACUUAGAAUGUGCUGUACUCUCGGCUGAGUAUUCAUGGUCGGUAUCAGAAAAGUAUAGUCAAAAUUGGUAUAAGAAGACAUAUAGAGCGGGACCUGGAUGUCCUUCACGCUAUCGGAUAUGGAACAGGUUACAAAAAUAUAAUGUUCCUUAUGAAAACAUCCACAAUGCUCCUUACUGGGAACUUUUGGUGUACUUGAGCAGAUUUGAAGAUCUUGAAACAGGGAAGCCAAGAUGAAUUGCAAAGAGUAUAAAAAUACCCAAAGACAUGUUCCUACUGAUCACCCAAUCAGAGAAGAUUUUAUGUUCUGAUUUAUCACUUUAAAACAAAAUGGUACAUUGAAAAAAAUCCAAGCCUAUGAAUGCACACCACACUCAUUGAAGUCUUUGGGUAAAGGAGUGCAGCUGAGACUGCUUGGCCUGAUUUGAAGACCAGAAAACCUAGGCUCCAAUUCUGUAGCUACGUAAGAUCUCCCCUUCAGCCAGUCUCCAGCAGAAUACUGGGUGGAACUAAGACAAGAUGGAAGCUUACAUGUGUAUGUGAGUGGGUCUGUAUAUAUGUGUGUAGUCCAAACAUGAACUAUUGAUUUUGGCAAGUCGGUUUCAAGAGCUUGCCAAGGGGUCUAGUCGGAUUUUUUUUUCUUUACAACUAUCCCAAUCACUUUUAUGUUUACUGUCCCUUUAGACAUAAACGGUCUUGGCUGUGUCCUGGCUCCCCCAAUCCUGAGCCAUUUGCCAGUAAUAACGACAGGCUAGGGGAAUAUCAGAGCUGCCCGAUAGAAAGAUAAAUGAAUCCAUUGCUGAAAAACUA